UAUUUGCUUUUGGCUCUCUACUGCUCACACCUUUUGCUUCCCAAAAACCAGAGGUUGCUGAUUCUUCACUCGCUUAAUCUCUCUACAGGGUUAGGGUUUUGUUUUCUGCAUCGAUCAUCCAUCAAUUCUGUGGGGGUUGGAAUUCGAGGAGUUUGGUUUGGGUUUUCCAAGAGAAGAGAAAGCUGUUGGCUUCAGGCGGGCUUUUAGGAUGGGUCAUUCGAACUGGGAGAGGUGUGCGCGUGUUUUCCUGGGGUUGGUAGUGAUAUUAUCUGUCCGGAUUUCGAGCGGAUACACUGACCUGCGCGAUGUUACUGCAGUAAAUAGCUUAUAUGUUGCUUUAGGCUACCCUCCUCUUCCUGGAUGGGUUCCUAUUGGAGGAGACCCAUGCUUGGAUGGUUGGCAAGGCAUCCAAUGUGUCAAUUCAAACAUUACGGGAUUAAUUCUUAAUGGUGCAAAUUUGGGAGGAGAAUUGAGCGGGAACUUGGAUCUUUUUACAUCAUUGAUACAGAUGGAUCUGAGCAACAACCACAUUGGAGGUAGCAUUCCAUCCAAUUUGCCCCCUACGAUCAUGCAACUUUUUCUUUCAGAUAACCAGUUCAGUGGAAGCAUCCCUGUUAAUUUGUCUUCUUUUACUCAAUUGUCUGCCGUGUCAUUAAACAAUAACCAUCUAACAGGAGGAAUACCAGAUGCCUUUCAGCAGCUUACGAGUUUGAUAAAUAUGGAUCUGUCAAGUAACAGUUUGAGUGGUCAACUGCCUCCUUCAAUGGGAAAUUUGUUAGCUCUUACCACAUUGCACUUGCAGAACAAUCAAAUUUCUGGAGUCCUUGAUGUUUUGCAGGAUCUUCCCCUAAACGAACUGAACAUAGAGAACAAUCUGUUCUCUGGGCCUAUACCAGCGAAGUUGCUGAGUAUUCCAAAUUUCAGAAAAGAUGGAAACCCAUUUAACACCACAAUUCUUCCACCUCCCCCGACUUCACCCCCGACUUUGCCCCCUUCAUCAGCUCCAGCUAUGCCACCACCAUCUCUUGAAAUUGCUAAUUGGACAGCAUCUUCACCUGAAACACUAACUCCUCCAGGAUCAAGCAAUUUUUUUACAAAUAAAAGGAUCGUUUGGAUAUCGAUUGCUGGGGUUAUACUGCUUGCGGCAAUUGCAUUAGGACUAUGCCUUCUUAAGUCAAGAUGCUGCGGAGGCAGGCAAGUGACUUACAAAAUGACCAGUAGGGAUAAACUGGGUGCUUUUGCAACAAAGAAUCCUAAAUACAAGGAAUAUUUGCUACAAUCUAAUAAUCAAAUGGAGAAAGUUACCACAGAGGUAGUUAUGGGGCCACAGGAUGGAUAUGGAACAGAUCAUAGAAAAGUGGGUUUAAGUUCAAAGCCACAGGAUGAACAGGAGAGGGAUGGGAAGACAAUCAAUGCAAUCUCAAGGCAUAAGAAGGAUCAUAAGAUUGACAUGACAGAGUGGGGUGUGAAUAACAUGCCUCUGCUGCCCUCACCACCACUUCCACCAGUUCUCCCACAUAACUCUGUUGAUGAGGCCAUGGUGAAGCCAUCUGUGCCUGCUGGAAUGGCUAUUAGGAGUCAUCCUCUCAAAAGUUUGAGCUCUCAAAUUUCUGUAAGCUAUUUUUCCGUUGGAUUGCUUCAACAGUAUACAAAUAGCUUUUCUCAAGGAAAUCUUAUUGGAGAAGGCACACUUGGAAGCGUUUAUAGAGCUGAGCUUCCUGAUGGAAAGCUAUUGGCAGUCAAGAAAUUGCAGCCUGCUGUUUCCAGGCAGCUGAGUGAUGAUGGAUUUCUUAAUCUAGUGUCAAGCAUCUCUAAACUUCAACAUGUCAACGUUGUGAAGCUUGUGGGCUACUGUGCUGAGUAUGGACAACGGCUGCUUGUGCAUGAAUAUUGCAGAAAUGGUACACUUAAUGAUGCACUGCACUUGGAGGAUGAGAUCCACAGCAAACUUUCUUGGAGUGCACGCAUCCGGAUAGCGUUGGGAGCUGCAAGAGCCCUGGAGUAUCUGCAUGAAGUCUGUCGGCCACUUGUUGUGCACCAUAAUUUCAAGUCUGCCAAUGUUCUCCUUGAUGAUGAGCUUUCAGUAUGUAUCUCAGACUGUGGUUUGGCUCCUCUACUAUCAUCUGGCUCUGCCAAUGGGUUGACAGGACACCUCCUCUCUGCACAAGGUUAUGUUGCUCCUGAACUUGAGUUGGGAAGUUAUACUUACCAGAGUGAUAUCUACUGCUUUGGAGUUGUAAUGUUAGAACUCCUCACAGGAAGACGAUCUUAUGACAGGUCACGUCCUCGAACGGAGCAAUUCCUUGUUAGAUGGGCAGCUCCUCAGCUUCAUGAUAUUGAUGCAUUAUCAAGGAUGGUCGAUCCCUCUCUGAAAGGAUCCUAUCCUUCCAAGUCUUUAUCACACUUUGCCGAUAUAAUUUCCUUAUGUCUUCAGCCUGAGCCAGAAUUCAGGCCACCAAUGUCUGAAAUUGUCCAGGAUCUCCUAUACAUGAUUGAGAAAGAACCCCAAAAUUGGGGAAAGAACUGAAGUAGGAAAUGAUCACAAUACUAAAGAAUGGUGAGCAUGUAGCAGUCACAAGUUUCGGGGGCCAAAUCCCAGAUGAUGAUGUGAUUUUUCAACGUAAAGUUUCAUAAUAUCUUUUCUGAGGUUCAGCAGCCACAAAACAGAGGUUGUUUUCUAUUCAUGCCCAUUAAAAAUUGAUGGGCCUGUCAAGUGUCAGUGUUUUGUAUGCUAACUCAAUUUCUUUCAAUUUCGUGCUUAGUAUUGAUUAUUUCCUUCUAAUGCAAUUUUUUGGUGUAAAAUAUGAUACAUCAACUUCAUGUCCAAUGUAAAUAUAAUCCAGUUCUAUAUUAAUUUGUUUAGAUUCAUGAAGUUUA